AUGUACAGAGUCUCCUACCGUGAGGAUGGACUUCUCACGAUCACCGACAAACCCUACCUAGACUACGGCUUACGCUAUAUUCCAGUAACAACCAUGCUUCUUUUCGGGUUGGCAAUUGGAGUCUUGGACUUUGAGAUCAAGACAUUUGAGCCCUUUCACACACUCCGGAGAGGCCCCGUCCCUGCUACAUUAUCGAUAAAUGAGAACUACUUUGGCCGUGUGGGGUUUCAUGCUUUGUGGACAGCAUUACGGAAGCGCAGAUGGUGCACGGCUGCCACUUCAGUUGGGAUGGUUCUGUCGCCAUUCUUGACGAUUUUCGCAAGCGGUCUCUACUACACGGAUACGGCAUUCGAUACCCAAACGCUAUCAUUACGGCAAUCUGAAUACUUCAAGCUCACCUCGUUCACGGAACUACAUGAGAUUAGUGUUCAGUCAGAUGGUGUCAUGACGGCCAAUCUGGUCUUAAAUGAUCACAUGGACCUGCCUGACUGGACCUACGCAACAUUUGCAAUCCCUACGCUUCAUCAUAUUGUCGAUCCGCUGCCUGUCCGGUCCGACUCAUUCGUUAGAGUGACAAUGCCUGUCGUUCGCCCUGUCGCCAAUUGCACCAUAGUCACGCCGGAAGCCAUCUGGAUGGAGGUAUCUGGAGGUGGGGCAAUUCAUAUGCUGGAAAUGGAAGUCUCAACAAUGUCCACGUGCGGUGAUCAGCAAAAAUGGUACGACAUUCAUAGAAAUGAAGUAAGGCUACCCCUCCACGACGGUUUCUUCGGGCAAUGGGUUGACCGCAGCGGGCUGGAUUACCAUUGUCCGGAAUACAUGGCUAUUGUGGGAGAGCUUGAUGACGCAGUGAACAUGACCAACCUCACGCAGGUGAACGUUUUGCAUUGCACGCCGUAUUUGGAGCGUGUAGAUGCAACGGUCAGCUUAACGUACCCAGACCUGCGUACUCUCCGGACGACUGGUGAUAUUAAUAUAACCUCAUUUGAUACUGCCACAGCAGUAAUCCCCGUCCUCAACGAAUCCGUCAAGCAAACACUCGCUUCUGUCGAAAUCCUACAUCUCGGAGACAAAAUCUUGACCCCGUAUGCCACUGAAGAUGAAAUGGCUCCUCUCGGUAAUGUCGACGGCUUUUUUGGCACCCUCAUCCGCAAUGGUGCCUCUCUUUCCGAUUUUGUUUCCGACUCCGCCGCGCUACAGAGAGCCGUCGAAGAUUUAUACGUCCGAAUUGUGACGCAAGUUGUGAGCGUUCACAGGGAUACGACACCUCCAUCAAAUGCUACGACGCAAUCGGUGGACCUUGGUCGACUCUGGAACGCCACACUUUAUGAACCGAACCGAUUACGUCUGCAUCAAAGCGCGCUCUCAACGCACGUGCUAGCGGCCCUACUCUCUGUCAUGAGCAUCUGCAUCGCCACAACCUUCCUCAUGCAGACAAAAGAGGUGCUUCCAAAGAAUCCAAGAAGCAUUGCCGCAGUGGCUAGCCUGCUUGCAGGAUCGAAGUUGUUGGAGCGGUGGCCGGAGUGCCGUGACGAGGGGUUCAGCAUGGGAUAUUGGCGAGAUGAAUCUGUUGGAGCAGAUCAAGCUGAAGCGGACGGUAUUAGCUACGAGGGAGCUGAAGACGAGACAGCGGAGGAGCGAGCUGGAUCUGAGCGAGCUGGAUCUGAGCGAGCUGGAUCUGAACGUGCUGAUAGUGAGACGGAUGGUCAGGAGACCAACGUGUCGGAGCUCGCUGAAUCUGAUCAUUUCGACGGUGAUAGAGCUGGAGAUGAGACUGCUGGAACAGAGCAGGACAGCAGCGAGGGGAUGGGAAAUGAGCUGUCUGUGGAUGAGGCUGGCAAUUUGAAUGUGGAUGUGACGGAAGAGGAUGACAGGGGAGAAGAAGCUGCUAUGAUGGAAGCCGGAAAGGCAAAUUUGCGGUUUGGGAUUGAUAUAGGGACGCCUGAUGAGAUAUAG